GUCAUACCACGGUGGGUCAGUGUUCAAGUCUGCACACGUGAGACGAAUCUCUCAGUUAUACAACGCUGUCAUCCAAAGAUGUGAUGAAUAUUUUACUCUUCUCCAUUUCUUGGUGAACUCUACAUAAACACCGUGAGUUUGAUUAUCACUUUCUAAGCCUUUGCUGCCCACAAAAUACGCGCUGAUCGGCUUCUACUUUUAGCUUGGUUCAAGGAAUGUUGUGAACAUUUACACAGCUGAUCAAUCACGUUGGGGCAAGUUCGAAUUACUUCUUCUGUCUACUAUCAGCUGCUUUAGUGAUGAUCUGUUCUGCCUGGUAAAUAAUGAUUUCACUGCCAUCAAGCGGCAGUCUCUUUACCACUGUUUCCACCGUGACUACAAUGGAGUUGUAUUUGAUCGGAUCACUGCUACUCAUCACCUUGACUGGGAUAGAAUCUGCUGUAAACUCACCGGGAAAGUUGCACUUAAUGAAGAGGGAUGCCAGCGACGAUUCGGCACCAUUCCCACAGAACAACGACCUCCCACCCCCAGGACAGACUAACCAUUUACCCCCAUUGACGGAUGGAAUGUCCCACACUCAAGCGCCUUCUGUUGACGUGACGCAAAAACAUACAACAGAUAACGGAAACGUUUCAUCGAUUAUGGGUAUAAGCACCCUAAGCCUUCUGUCAUGCAUGGUCAUCAGCCGUUUUCUGUCAGCUUUCAUCUCUACUUGAACAAUUCUUUCAUCAUUUAUCCACUAGUAUGUCUGUUGCUGCGUAAGGUUUUUUUUUUUAGUUGGCGUAAGAACAACUUGUUUGAUAUUGUACAAUGUAAACUUGCCUAAACAACUUCAUAAUGUAAUUAAUUUGUUAAAUAUAGUGUUUAGAAUUUCUUACGAUUUUCACCACUUUUAAUUUUGUGACCGAAAACUAUGAGCUAAGAUCAAUAAAGAAACAUUACAGAAUUGGUUUUGCUUGCAAAAAGGUUGCUGGCAGCAGGAUAAGCACUUUAUAUCAUCCACCAUAAUAUAAACUGACAAACCUGUAGAAGUUUGAGAUCGAUUUGCCAUCUGGAUCACGAGAGAAUAG